AUUUAACUUAUCGCGCCGCCCCCGACAGCUGCUGCUCAUAGCUUCUCCGCUCUCUCUCAUCAUCGCUUGACGCAGGCUAUUUCUCCCGUUUCUAUAUAGCACGGCGGGUUCAGUUCCACCAUGGCAGAACCCAAAGAAAGUCCUGCCGCGACGAGAGUGGCCUCUGCCCACUUCGAGGAGCAGCACAUGGGAGUCGGCAGAUACUUGGCGACUCGCGUCACUACCCUGGUCCCUCCUAUGAACAAGGCGCCUAAUCCAUUCAAGGCGCUGAUGUUGCUGAAUAGACAGCAAUGGCUUUUCUUUCUGAUUGCCUUCCUCGGCUGGACUUGGGAUGCCUUUGAUUUCUUCUCCGUCUCAAUCUCCGUCACCAGUUUGGCCAAGUACUUUGGCAAGGAGAACUCGGAUAUCACUUGGGGAAUCACGCUGGUGCUGAUGUUGCGCUCCGUCGGUGCCAUCAUAUUUGGUAUCUUGUCCGAUCGGUACGGCCGCAAAUGGCCUUUUGUCGCCAACAACGUCCUUUUCAUCGUUCUUGAGCUCGGCACAGGCUUUUGCCAGACUUACAACCAAUUCCUGGCGUGUCGUGCGCUCUUCGGGAUUGCUAUGGGCGGUCUGUAUGGCAAUAUUGCAGCCACUGCGUUGGAGGACUGCCCUCCAGAGGCGCGGGGUAUUAUAUCUGGUAUGCUGCAGCAAGGAUAUGCUUUUGGCUAUCUGCUGGUCACUGCUUUUGCGCGCGGCCUUGUUGAUACCACCUCUCACGGCUGGCGCCCACUGUUCUGGUUUGGAGCCUGCCCGCCAGUGCUUUUUAUCCUUUUCCGUCUCUGCUUGCCUGAGACACAGGCUUUCCGGAGUCGUGAGCAAGUGCGCAAGGGGUUGUCGGGCGGUGUGGCUGGGAGUUUCCUGUCCGAAGGCAAAGUGGCUCUUAAAAACCAUUGGCUGAUGCUUAUUUACCUUGUUCUUUUGAUGACCGGAUUCAACUUCAUGUCUCACGGUUCUCAAGAUCUCUACCCGACUCUCCUCCAGGCCCAGUUCGAGUUCUCUGCCGACGCCGUAACGGUUACGCAGGUGGUAGCUAACCUAGGUGCAAUGACUGGCGGUACGCUAUGUGGAUGGGCUAGUCAGAUAUUUGGACGUCGCUUCUCGAUUAUUGCCAUCUCCAUUGUCGGCGGUGCUCUUCUCUAUCCCUAUACCUUUGUUAGUUCUCACUCGGUCAUGGCUGCCGCCUUCUUCGAGCAGUUCUGUGUGCAGGGUGCUUGGGGUGUCAUCCCCAUCCACCUCAUGGAGCUCUCCCCUGGUCCCAUCCGUACAUUUGUCGUUGGUUCUUCGUACCAGCUUGGAAACCUUGUUUCGUCAGCCUCGUCAACCAUUGAAUCGACAAUCGGCGAACGCUUCCCCUUGGCACCUACCUCCGCCGGGAAGAGUCGCUACGACUACGGCAAAGUCAUCUGCAUUUUCAUGGGCUGCGUGUAUGCAUACACGAUCAUUGUGAGCUUCUUGGGCCCGGAGCGUCUAGGCCGACAGUUUGAUGCCGAGCACGACGAGGAUUUGACCGAAGUUGCAGUGCGCAAACUCGGUGUCGACGAGAAGGCCGAUCUGGAGCAGGGACGCGCACAGCACGCGGAGCAAAAUUAAAACCCCAUAUGACGGACUGUUGAUUUAAUGAUUUAUGUGUGCGAUUCACCGAUGCGCGUAAUUCCAUAGAUCUACGAGAUAGUUCCCAGCCUUGUGUUUGCGAACAAAUGGAUAGCCAUUGGAUGGUAGUACAGCAGACGUGCUGUCCUAUACUCUUAAUGUCUUAAUCUCUGAA